GGAAAAUGGCCUCUUACAACCCAUUUGCGCGCCGGGAAUCCCAUCCCACGUCUGCUCUCUCGACAUAUCGCAUCCUCGUCCCUCUUUCAUGGGCACUGGUCGUCAUUGUGGGCAUCUACUUCACAGUUCACUCUCCCGACGUCAAGCAUGGCCAUCGUAUCUUCAAACAAGGCAACAAGCACACCACGCCGUUUAGCCUGAAUGGAACGCUGACUGGGAUUUACUGGAUCCUCAUCUUCCUCUCCCAACUUAGCUACGUCUACCACCUCUUCUCCCGACAAACCGCCCUAGUAACCUCCGCCGCCAACAUCGCCUCCCACUUCAUCCUCAACAACCUCGCCCUCUUCAUCUGGAUCCUCCUCUGGACCCGCGACCACUUCUGGGGCUCCGAAAUCUUCCUCAUUCUCAACUUUAUCAACCUCCACGCCGCAUACUGGCGCCACCGUCGGCUUCCGGCCUUCGUGCACCUCCCUGCUAUCGCGGGGCCGUAUGCGUGGACGUUGUUUGGGUUGUUUUGGAAUGGAGCUGUCGCGGUGAAUAGUAAUAAGUUGCCGGUGAGGGUUGUGGCGAAUGUUUUUAUUUGGGUACUGUUUGCGGUUGGGAGUGGGCAUAUUGUGUCGACGCAGGAUUAUAUUCUGGGGUAUUGUCUGAGUUGGUUGAUGCUUGCAUUGGCCGUCAAGCAACUCGCGAUCAAGGUUAUUGCCUUGCAGUGGAUCUUUGCAUUCGUCAUCUUCGCUAUUUUCCUGAUCGAAUCGAUCUAUCUGUCUAGUACCAAGUAUUAUGGUCGUGACUCGCUGUUCCGACGUGUUGCGCAUCCGGAGACUGAUCGCGAACGUGAGCCAUUGCUUAACUAGAAAGAAAGUGAACUUGCGAUAUCUGGAUUCGGGGACCACUCGGACCAUCCCUUGGAGUGUCUGAGAUGAGUUGGUUCUUGUGUGGAUCUACCGACUGGCUGGAUCGAUCUAUGGUACUGUGUCUUGGUUUUGGUUAAUUUAUUAUAUUGUGUUUACAUGCUGAAGUGUAUGGGUGGUUCUGUGGUUCUGGUUUGGAUGGUGGGCCGAUAUGUAUAUAUUUCGGGAGCUCUACCACGGGACGAUGCACAUGGCAAUAAUGCACAGGUACAUUCAAAUUGGAUUAACACUGCAGAAUACAAUCCGGAAUAACAAAAUGC